GUGGCCACGACAGGGAACAAAGCUGUGAGGCUCCAUCAUUUUGCUAAUAAAUAUUAAUAACACAAAAACUGAAACAAACAAAUUCAAGUGUUAAAAGUGUAGUCAAACUUUUAAAUAAAUAUUUGAUUUUUAACACAAAUAAAACGUGAAAUUGAAAGAUGAAAGCGUUUGUGCUAUAAAUAUGCUGGGGAGACCUUGACAUUGUGCUGUGAGAAUAAAACAAGGAAAACGCGCUUUUGAUUAGCAAUAGACUGGGUUAACAAUUAACGCAGCUUCUUCAAGUAUCUCAGCUGCAAUAUGGAAACGGAGUCGCUGAACCGCAAGAGCUCCUCACGCAAGAGCUCCAUUGUGAAUGGCAAUGGAGAUGCCACCACCAAGCUGACGAACGGCGAUGAGACUGCAGCUGGCGAUGGCGGUGGCGGCGGGGAGGUGACACUAAAAGCCAAAAUGAGUUUAUUGAAUGGCUGCACCGUCAUUGUGGGCUCGAUCAUUGGCUCCGGCAUCUUCGUCUCGCCCACCGGCGUCUUGAUGUACACGGGCAGCGUAAAUUUGGCAUUGAUUGUGUGGGUCAUUUCCGGACUCUUCUCGAUGGUGGGCGCCUACUGCUACGCCGAGCUGGGCACCAUGAUAACCAAAUCUGGAGCUGACUAUGCGUACAUCAUGGAGACAUUCGGACCCUUCAUGGCAUUCAUCCGCCUGUGGAUCGAGUGUAUGAUUGUGCGACCCUGCUCACAGGCCAUCGUGGCGCUAACAUUCAGCACCUACGUACUGAAGCCGUUCUUUCCGGAGUGCGCUCCACCCGAGGAUGCGGCCCGCCUGCUCGCCGUUUGCUGCAUAUUGGUGCUAACAUUAAUCAAUUGCUGGGACGUUAAAUGGGCCACCGCUGUGCAGGAUAUUUUCACAUAUGCAAAACUGCUGGCCCUAUUUAUCAUCAUUGCGACUGGCAUGUACCAGCUCUCUAUGGGCAAUGUGAAGUACUUCACUUUCGAUAACAGCGAUACGCGCGUGACAUCCCUGGCGCUGUCCUUCUACUCGGGCCUGUUCGCCUACAAUGGCUGGAAUUACUUGAACUUCAUCAUUGAGGAACUGAAGGAUCCCGUCAAGAAUCUCCCACGCGCCAUUGCCAUCAGCUGCACGCUUGUCACCGUCGUCUACGUCAUGGCCAAUGUGUCCUUCUACACCAUCCUGUCGCCGGAGGAGGUCCUGGGGUCCUCUGCGGUGGCUGUUACCUAUGCGGAGCGCGCAUUCGGCAUGCUGGCCUGGACCAUACCAGUUUUUGUGGCAUUGUCCACAUUCGGUGCCGUCAACGGCAUUUUGCUCACCUCCUCGCGCCUGUUCUACGCGGGUGCGAAUGAGGGGCAGAUGCCAGAGAUUUUAACCAUGAUUCAAAUUCAACGCUUCACGCCCACGCCCGCUGUGCUGGCCAUGGCUCUGCUAUCCAUGUUAUAUCUGACGGUUUCCGACAUCUUCGCGCUCAUCAACUACGUGGGCUUUGCGACUUGGUUGAGCAUUGGCGUUGCGGUUCUCUGCCUGCCCUGGCUGCGCUGGGCUCAACCCAAUUUGCCACGCCCAAUUCGCGUGCCCCUGGUAUUCCCCAUUGUAUAUCUAAUUGCCACCGUCUUCGUCACUGUCGUCCCCAUGUAUGCCAGUCCCGUAGAGACUGGCUACGGCAUCCUCAUGAUACUGUCGAGCAUACCCGUCUACUUGGUCUUCAUUGCCUGGAAGAGUAAGCCAAUAUGGUUCCAGAAAUCGAUGGUAAGCCUCACACACUUCCUGCAAAAGCUGCUCAUGGUACUCGGCAAGCAAACGAAACCAGCUCAGGUGUAGAGAUUAGCGAGUGGAUGGAUGGUUGGAAUGAUGGUGGGUGGAUGGAUGGUGGGGCCAUUAUUGCCAGAGACUAUGCUGAAAUUAUUCUAAGCAGAUGGAGAAGACAUCACGUUAGCCAACAGCAAAUGAUAGCAUUUAAUAUAUAAUGAAAAAAGUAUAA